AUGCACGGCGUUUCCCCUAAGCAUACUCUAUUGAGAACGACGCCCAGAGCUGGACCUUCGAAACUUUCCCCUCGGAGACACAUCUCGUCUACGCCUGCAUCUAGAGCAACGCACUAUGAGACCCUCUCUGUACCCACACACGCGCACUUGAAUCAGAUCAAGUCCAGCUUCUAUAAGCUCAGUAAGGAGCUUCACCCUGACCUCAAUAAGGACCCAGACGCAAAGGAGAGGUAUCAUGCAGUCACCGAAGCGUACUCCAUAUUGAGUGACGGCCAGAAACGACGCGCAUACGACCGCACAUUGCACCCGUCCGACUCCUCCUCUCAUCCCCGCUCACAUUCAGCAUCUCGUUCGUCCUCAGGCGCCUACCAUGCAGAGUGGGCAUACAACCAUCCCCAACGCGGUGCAACGUAUGCCUGGGCAAAUCGUCGGAACAGACCUCCACCAGGCUGGCACGUACAUGAUAAACACGCCCGACAUCAGCCUCCGCAUAGUAGGCACUAUGACCCGACUGCUGCAACCAGUGCAAGUGGCGCAGGGAAGAAAAGCGAUGCUUGGGAGCCACCACGUACGGGAUGGGAGAGGACGAGGGCGGACGAGAUCGAGCAACUUUCGACAUUCAGCCGCUUUGGGCAGGUUACGGGCCUGCUGAUAGUUGUGGGGAUGCUGGCGAACUUCUUGGCUAAUAAAUGA